GUGAUGCAUGAACAAUUUGCCCCAAUCGAGCUCUGACGAUUAGUUGUUCUCAGCUAUGAGAAGCUCCCGAAUAUGCUGCUCAGUUACCCAAUACGUCCGCCCUCCCUCACCCCGCUCCCAUCCCUGCAUAACCCCUUCCGACCUGCACGCCCACCUGACCAGCUCUAACCCCUCUCCCCUCCUUCUCCCUGGUCUCAUAAGACACUGGCCGGCGCUCCUCAAUUGGAAACUGACUAAGGGCCUAGGGAACCUCAGGUCUACGGAUGUGGAAGACAAGUUGGUGGACGUGGAAUUGGGAGGAAAGGGGAAGAGUUAUAUGGACCCGGAUCAUCGGAGGGUUCAGAUGCCCUUAGGUCUCUUUAUGGACGCAUUCAUCCUCUCCAAGAUCCCCGGUUCGGAGCAGACCGAGACGACGGGUUAUCUAGCUCAACAGGACUUGUUCGACCUGAUCCCGAGUCUGAAUGCCGAUGCUCCCACACUCCCUCACAUAUCCCAGAGCGGACCCCGAGGACAAGCUUGGAGACGCAACGUCUGGGUCGGGAAAUGGACGUUUACGCCUAUUCACCGGGAUCCAUAUUGUAACCUCUUUUGUCAAGUCGUCGGUACAAAACGCCUGCACAUCUUCCACCCCGCUCAACACUCCCACCUCUACAUCUCCAUCACACCACCUCAAACCAACACCUCCCUGAUCCCUCACCCACCAUCCUCUUCGAAACUCGACUGGAAACAAUAUCCCAUGCUGCGUCGGGCGCUGGAAGACGUUCGAACGACGAGCUGCGAGGUGGGGCCCGGGGAAUCGGUCUUGAUCCCGGAAGGGUGGUAUCAUUGCGUAGAGAGCGUCGGAGAUGAGCCGGCGGUCUCGGUGAACCAUUGGUUUAGGUAAGGAACAGAAGGCGGGGAUUAUCUGAAUGGUAAUUGUGCCGAUCAGGAGUUAAAGAUGUGAAGCUGGUCAUCAAGCGGGAUCUUCGGGAUACCGUGUCAUUGACGUCUAUCGGAAGCUUGUGCUCAGGAUACCGUAUCUUGGCACAGUGACCGGACCCCCAACAUGACUGGUAGCGGAAACGUGAUGAAGCGCCCGAGAGUCGGUCAAGCGGAGCGUGCUAUGAACUUAGAAGCGGUCCUGCUGGCAAUAGUUGCGGCUGCAGGACACUCGAACACACGGCCUAAUGUGCCGUCGAUGUGUAUGAGAAGACCGACCGGAAGUCGGCAAACGAGCUGUACUCCUUCCCUGUAGUGCCAUGAGUUGAGCACCGAUACGUCGAUAGAUUCAGACCGUUAC